UGACAAGUGGGCCAUACCAUACCGUCGACCUCCUUCCAUCUUGCUUCUCCUCCGUUCCCCUCCCCUCCUCUCCCCGGAAAACCCUAACCCCCUUCUUCCGUCAUGGCCACCGACCGCGCAAGGGGGCGACGCUCCCGGCGACAGCCUGUGGUGCCCGUGCAACGCCUCCGCACCCCUAUUACGGGACGAGCAAGUGGAUCCACGAGUCUCCGCGACCUGCCGCCGCCCGUGCUCCCGCCUCCUGAUUUGAUGGACGCCUUCCGCUCGCUGCACCACUCCGGGGAGGAUGAGCAGCAAAAGCCGGCCACAGCAUUGGAGGAAUCGCCGUCAUCAUGGACCUGGCUUCCCUUGUUAUCCAAUUUGUUUCAGAAACAGCACAGCCAACUGCCGUCUCAGGAGCAUGUGGCUGAGUCUGCGUCCGGACAAACGCUGCAGCAGCUGGACGUCUCGUCAUCAAACAACUUGGUUGAUGUUACACCAUUCAAGGGAUUGUCCAUCACUGCCACGUCCUCGUCCUCUCAGCGUGACACCAUUUGGGUCCGAUACCAGUGUGAUUGGGGGCUCACAUUUUACACCAGGAUCGAUCUUCAUGGAUAUUUCCACACAUAUCCUCAUGUGGGUGGGCCAUUUCAGAGCUUAGAGCAAGUUAACAAUGCCAUUGAUCGCUAUCUUCAUGACCGUCGGGAUCCAAUAAUGUGCGAGGAGCGACCUGAGUUCUAUGAAGUGGGUAAGGCUAGUGUUGAGAGGGGUAUACGGGACUCUCUUUUCUGGCCUGAUGGCUCAAAGAAGAUGUACGUGAAAUCUGAGCCGGUUGAUGAAAGCCGUUGCUGGAUGCUCCAGCUGGUUCAAGCUUUGGUGGACAAGUAUAACGAGGAUCACAAUCUUUUCAAGGAUCUUGCGUUUGAAGUUAAAGAUGUUGUGUGCUACGAAGUAAUAUAUGAGGGCAACUGCCUCUACUACCAUAUUAAUUUCACUACAAGGACCAAAGGAGCAAAGACCGCCGACAAUCUAUUCUUUUCUGAAGUCAAACGUAUGCCAGGAGAAGACAAAAAAUUGGUGGUCAGCUGUACCUGCAUGGUUGAUCCUUCUGAUAACGGUCAAUGCUACGGCUGUGAAAGUAAUAUGAAGCACCCCAAUGCUGAUGCAUAUGCUGGUGGUCACUCAAAGGUUUGCAACUUGAAGGGAGAAUGUCUUGGUCCUAAUAUAGCGGUCGCAGAGACUAUGGAUGACUGGAAGGCUGAGGAAGCGAGGGUAAGACAAAUGUUCAAGGGCCUUGACGAUCCAACUGUUGUGGCGCGACUCAUGGAACCACCCAAGUUGAACUUCGGAGCAACCAAGGCCACCGAUGAGGAAGUAGAACGUUUUAUGAAUUCGAUCAUGGGACCAUGCGAUCCUAACCUUUGCACCACUUAUGGCAUCCUCGAUGCUAGCGCCGUAGAAAGAUUUAGAGUGGCGCUAAUGUAAGACCAAGGAUGCUGCCCGGAGUUAUGUUGCACUUUCUUGUGGCUAGAUGGUUCCUAUCAGCAAACCGUUCGAUACCAAGCUAUUUUGUGUCGCCUGUAGAAGAAGCUGAUCGAAUGCUUAUUUGGUUUGAAGAUUGUUAUAUGUACGGCUUUUAUUAUGUGUGUAUGGCAGUACUGGUUAUGGCUGCU